UCUAGGCGGGCUGGGUUUUCGGGCGAGGGGAUUGCGCUGCAUUUUGUUAGGAGAUCUGUGGCGAAGCCGCGAUGUUGCCGUCACGGACUCGGGUCCGCGGAAUUCUGCGGUCGCGGUCGUGUGCGAGAGGUGUGAGGGGUGCUGUUUUUGUGCCGUGAUGCGGAAUUCUGCUGUUAGCGGCACGUUCUCUGGGGAGAAAUGGUAGAUUUUGGCGUGAUCGAUGGUUUUGGCCAGAGGAUUAUCUACUAAUGGGCUCUGAUGCUUGCCAUGGUGUCGGUGAGUUAGGUUUAUGCGUCUGGAGAUGUGCGUAUGGUCUGGGAUUCCACCUGCAAGGCUACCCACGUGAGAAUCUGGGGUGGGGGGGGGGUGUGGAGUCUUAGAAGCUGACAGUGAGCCAGCAUGCUUGGAUUCCACCUGACUAUGGGAAUGCCGGUUUGCGCCAUUACGCUACGUCAUGGGAAUUUAAUUUGUAUUUGCAGCACAUGUGCCAUCUACGCGACAAAACCAGCCAAUAGAGUUCUGCAUGAGAUCUUAAAUUAGGAAUGCGGAAUAGCGCUAAAGUAGUACAAAUCUGACCUUUUAGGUUGUACUUGUACAUGAAUCGUAACGGUCGUCUGUGUCUUUUCUUAACACAUAAAUGUAGGACGCCACGUUCCCGCGCAUUUCGAAUAAAAACAAAAGUGUAAACCUGUCUCCCACUCCUCUAGCAUCAUUAUCGACAAUAUGCCCUCCCUUGAUUGUUUUUUUGGUUGUGAAUUGUUAACACUGGUACCUUCUGAAACAUGUAAUGAAUUUGAUAUCUAUUUCUCUGCUCAUUUGCUUACCAUAAACCAAAUGCAGCUCACCAUAUUGAACGAGGAUGUUAGAUUUAACAACCAACUUUCUAGUCAUCUCUAGACAUAUGAACUGUCACGUAAACUUCCAUAUUUUGCAGGGGCACUAAUUGUAUCAACAAUUGAAAAGUAGUAGCAUCAAAAGGUUAUUUCACGUUUUCUUUCCAUUUUAGUGAAAACAGUUCAGUUAAUGUCUUGUUUUUGUUAUCUCUUUUGAGAGGUAAAAGUAGGAUGCACACGACUUGCACACACCCAACCCAUGCCACAACACGCACAUGCUCGCAUACACACCUGUAACAUAUCUCUGGUGCUCUGGUAUGCACAGUCCUACUACAAAUACAUUUGUAUUUGUACCUACAUCCUACCAAUUUAAUUCAAGUAGAAAGGCAAACACCAGCGUCGAACCUAGGGUUUGAGCGCUUGUGGGAAUCCUGCACCACCUGAGCUAGUGCUUGAUCUCCAGUUAAUGUGCUGUGUCGUAGCAAGAUAACAAGUGUAACAUGCAUUAUGAUAACAUAUGCAAAACCUCCAGCAUUUUCAGAAUCUAAACCAAUGAUCUGAUGUUUUAUCUUUUCCACUUUAUAUACUCUUGUUUUAGAAACAUAAACUGCCAAUGACCAAUGCCUAUGUAGGUCCCAAGUACAAUGGCCUGAGCCUGCUUUAAGUAAUAUUUUGGAAGUACAUAUACUGUUACUCUUAACAUGAUGCUAGCCAUAUGAUGGCUACGGCACUGCCUAGUCCAGCUCCACAUCCAUCAGGUUCCCCUGAUACAAGAAUUUUAGGGCCCCGAAUUUCUCCAGCAUUUUCUCCAAGGGCAAUGUCUCCAGAAUCCACUGGCGGUCCGGUGCACCCUCCUUCACACAAGCACCACAGAAGACCAUAUCAUCCUCAUUCGCCAUCCCCAUCUCCCCUUCCACAAGGUUGUACUGAUAACUGCUCUGAUCCAAUGACUACAACACCGAUUGGCUCCCCCUGUGGUUGUGUGCUGCCUAUUUGUGUUAUUGUUGAUCUGGAUGUAGCUCCAUAUUUGCUAUUCAUGCGCAUAGCAGAACUAGAAGUUGAAGUUGCAGCUGGGACGUUUCUUAAACAAAGCCAGGUGAAGAUCAUGGCUGCAAUUCCAAGUAUCCAGGAUGACCAGAAGACCAGGGUUACCAUUUAUUUGGUGCCACUAAGAGAACAGUUUGAUGGCUAUACUGCCUCCCUGAUAUCUGAUAGGUUCUGGAAUAAUAAGAUUCAGAUCAAUUCAUCUAUUUUUGGAGAUUAUGAAGUUAUAAAUGUUACCUAUCCAGGCUUGCGAUCUCCGCCACCAUCUCUGCCUGAGACAUCUCAUGGAUCUGAUCCAACAGGAACCGGAGAAGAUCCAAUAACCGCUGAUGUGCACCAUGGGAAGAACAAGAAAUUAGAUUCAUGGAUCAUUGUGGUAGUUGCAGGGUCUUCUAUCACACUUAUAGCAGCAUGCAUUGGGCUUGGGGUUUUACUAUUAAAAUGGUAUAAACUUAGACAGCUUCAGGAGGCUGUGAGCCCUGCAACUACCCCAGCAGUUAAUAGAAGAUAUGGUGGCAGAUCAACUUUGUCUGUUAGCAGGGUGAGCUCUGCAUCGGCGUCAAUGCUCUCAACAGUGGCAACUUGCACAACAUCAGUAAAGACAUUUUCACUUUCCCAGCUUGAAAAGGCCACUGAUGGUUUUGAUUCAAAAAGAGUGUUGGGUCAAGGUGGGUUUGGACGCGUCUACCAUGGGACCAUGGAUGGUGGAGACGAGAUUGCUGUUAAAUUGCUCACAAGAGAAGACAGGAGUGGUGAUCGAGAGUUCAUUGCGGAGGUUGAAAUGCUCAGUCGACUACAUCACCGUAAUCUUGUCAAAUUGAUUGGCAUUUGCAUUGAGCACAACAAAAGGUGUCUUGUUUAUGAGCUUAUACGCAAUGGAAGUGUUGAAUCUCACCUUCAUGGUGCUGAUAAGGCUAAGGGCAUGCUGAACUGGGAUGUUAGGAUGAAAAUUGCUCUGGGUGCAGCUAGAGGCUUAGCAUAUCUACAUGAAGACUCAAACCCUCAUGUUAUACAUCGUGACUUCAAGGGCAGCAAUAUAUUGUUGGAGGAAGAUUUCACUCCUAAGGUUACUGAUUUUGGUUUAGCAAGGGAGGCAACUAAUGGAAUUCAACCCAUUUCUACUAGGGUAAUGGGUACUUUUGGGUACGUUGCUCCAGAAUAUGCCAUGACCGGGCAUCUUCUUGUGAAGAGUGAUGUCUACAGUUACGGUGUUGUCUUGCUGGAGCUUUUAUCAGGAAGGAAGCCCGUAUGCAUGUCUGAUACCAAUGGUCCUCAGAACCUUGUGACUUGGGCUCGUCCUCUGCUAUGCCAUAAGGAGGGUUUGGAGAGGUUGAUCGACCCUUCUCUGAAUGGCAAUUUCAACUUUGAUGAUGUAGCUAAAGUAGCAUCCAUCGCUUCCAUGUGUGUUCACAAUGAUCCGUCACAGAGGCCAUUCAUGGGUGAAGUAGUGCAGGCACUGAAGCUUAUUUACAAUGAUGCGGAGGCGGCUUGCGAUGAUUCUUACAGCCACAGGGACUCAUCGUGUGACCAGUACGAUGACUACCAUGGGGCCCUGGCCCUUGACAGCGGUAGUGGUAGCUGGUGGAAUAGAAGCUCAAAUCCUUCUGGGUUUUUUGACAACCGGAACCCCCUACCAGUUAUUACCAUGGAAUACAGCUCUGGCAGGAUCGAAGGAGCGCGUGACCCCCGCUUUGCAUUGUCAACAGGUGGUCAUGCACAAUCACCAGCCCUGCAGAAUAGAUCAGGACCCAUCCGGAUGAAGAAAAAGCUUGCCUCAUUUUACCGGUCUAGAGGUAGCUUCAGCGAGCAUGGCCAGCUGCCUCGCCAUUGAUUAAUAAUCUAGUGUUAGACUGUUAGCUUCAGUUGACUUGGGAUUGAGGCUGUGGGGGGAUUUCUUUUACCUCUCGUUGAUUCUUGCCUCCGGUUAGUGUACAGUUUUCCCGACAAUCCUGGUGACCGCCAGUAUAGAUGAUGUUUUCAUUUGCCUUAAUUUCUGCCUCCCCAAAGAAGCAAAUGAGGAUAUGGGGUUGGCAGGUGCUCUCUAAUUUUGCGAUUUGCGGUUCAUUCCUCAUGCAUCUCUGAUUUGUGUAAUCUGGGUAGGAAAAUUUCUUGCCAGAAUUCUGGGCAUCAUGUUGUAAUGGGUUGUUAAAGAAUUCGAUUAUUCGACCCUCCCCUCGUUGCCGAGGCUGUACAUGUCAGGUGUUACCGUGUUAGCAUUCCUUCCGAGUAAUUGCUUGCGUAUUGGAGAUUC